GCUGAAAGACGAUGCAGAAAAAGAUGAUGAAGAUGAGGAGGAGGAACCUGUUGCUGAUGAAGAAGCCUCUCCUGAACCCGAGUCUACCUCAGACGAUGAAGAGUCGGUCCCGUCUCCGGACUCUGACCUCAAAGACAGUGAUGAAGAUGAUGAGAAGGAUGAAGAUAAAACCAGUGAUGAUGCGUUCACUGACACCACAGACCUCAGUGACGAAGAGGAGGAAGAUGAAGACGACUCUAGUGACAUCAUUCUAGAGGACACUGAUGAUGACUUGGACGUUGAUCUUCCUCRUGUAGCCGUUUCUACUGAGGAAGAGGAAGAUGAACACAAACCUGCAGGUGAGGAAGAUCUUUCUCCUCUUCCUCCUGCUGAGGAUGAGGAGGAAGAUGAAGGUACUGAUGAUGAUCUGGACCAAUCAGAGGACGUCUCUGUUGCGUCCUCUGAACACUUUGCAGACGUCGAAGACGAAGAUGAAGACUUCGAUGAAGACACCGGCCCUGAUGAAGAUGAUGAUGAGGAUGAUCUUCACAAACCUGAUGAUGAUGAGGAUAAAAAGGAAGAGGAGGAAGAUGUAGAAGAAGUUCCUCUUGUUUUGAGCUCUGACAGCGGAGUCUUGGGCGACGAAGACGAAGACACCGAAAACUCUCUCUGGGAGACCGUCUCCAGUGAUGAUGUCACUGAUGAAGAUGAAGCAGACGAUGAAGAUGUUGAUACAAGCUCACUGGAGCUCAGCGUUGAUGAUGAAGAGGAGGAYAAACUGAUCACUGAAGCAACUGUUGGUGCCGAGGAAGAAAAAGAUCAACUUAAAGAUGAAGAGGGAGGAGCCUCUGCUGAUGAAGACGAGGAGGAAGAGGAUGAUGAGGAUGAUGAUGAUGGGCUUGAUGAGAUCUUGCUGGCAGCUCCCGCUGCAGCGGCAGUCUCUGCCCAGCAGGGGGCGCCAAAGACUGAGGCMGAUGAUGGUGAAGAUGAGGAGGAGCUCCUGCAGGCCGAGGAGGAAGACAAGACACAGGAUGCUGACAGCAGACAUCCUGCAGCUCCUGAGGAGGAACACGAAGAGGCUGAAGCUGAAGAGUCCGAGCCUCAGAAAGCUGCACACAAACCAGGMGAUAAAGAGGAGGAGUAUGAUGAAGAUGAUGAUGAGGAAAAGGCAACAGUGGAUGUGAUUAAACCUGUUCCAGAACCAGAGGAAGAAGCGCCUGCAGUUUGUCCCUGUAUGCACUCUGCAAAAACCAAAGAAGCAGCUGCAAAAACCAAAGAAGCAGCUGCAAAAACCAAAGAAGCAGCUGCAAAAAC